CAAGUCUUUUUCUCCUUCCUUCCUACCACGCUUCAGACCACCGAUUUUAGGUCUCUCUCUCUCUCUCUCUCAUAAUUUUCUUCGUUGAAGACCGAAGGACUUACCAAGUAUUUUUCUCUCUUUGUAUCUCCGGGGAAAAAGGCGAGCUUCUGUCGAGCUCGCCGUCCUCGUGUCCAUGCCGGCGACUUCCUCACCUUCCUCCCCGUUCUUUCUAAUCUCCUUCCUCGUCUUCUUCAUCUUUGGCCUCUGUUCUUCGCUCGUACGAUCCGAACUUGAUUCAUCGGCGAUUCGCUUACCAUCCGACGAUGCAGUGCACGCAGAUGAUCUGUGCGCGGGGUCGAGCCCUCCUUCUUGUCCCGUCAAUUGUUUCCGAACAGAUCCGGUCUGCGGCGAAGACGGCGUUACCUACUGGUGUGGCUGCGCGGAUGCUAUGUGUGCCGGCACGCGGGUCGCUAAGUUAGGGUUUUGCGAGGUCGGAAAUGGAGGCAGCGGGCCCGUGUCCGGUCAGGCGCUACUGCUAGUUCACAUUGUCUGGCUUAUCGUUCUAGGGUUUUCAGUGUUGUUCGGGCUUUUCUGAUGGGGGAUCCGACUGAUGACCAGUAUUUCGUAUUCUUUAUAAUUGUUCUUCGUUAAAGCCUUCCCGGCUUGCGUUGGAUUCUGCUACAUGUGCGUUCUUGUAUGUAAGAGUGAUUUGUACGAUCAUUGUUUCUUCUCAUGAUUCUUUUUUGGAAAUAAAACUAGUCCCAUUCUUUUUUA